AUGGCCAUAUACAUUCUAUGUAUUGACCAGAUGCGACCGCUCCGGUUUGCCUCCGGGCCCCUCCACCCGCGCAUACAAGGGCCUCUCCUCCGCCCGUGGCCCGGACGCCUGUGCUGCUGCGCUGCUCUCCUCCAGCACUCGCCGCCCCAUGCUCCUCCUCCUCUGCCUGGCCUGAGCGCCUCCGCCUCCAACCUCGCACCGCAGCAGUCCAACCUCGUGCCCGAGCCGUUCCCGCCCACGGCGCAGGCCCCGUCGCCCUCCGGCUCCGGCCGCCCCGACGGCCGCGCUCCUCCUCCUCGCUCCGGCCUCCCGCGCGCCCAAGGCUCCGGCCGGCCUCGCCGCGCCCGGCUCGCCUCCCGCAGCCGCCGCGCCCGUCCAGCCGGCCGCCGCCUCGCCGAGCACGGAGCCCGCCCACGCCCACCCGGCUGCGCCCGGCCGACUUCGCCCAUGGUUGCCUGCUCCGCCUGCGGCCCUGGCCGCCCUAGCACGCUGCCGGCUCGCUCGAGGUCAUCCCCGCGUGCGCGGCUCCCGUGCCGCCUGCGGCCUCCCUCCGCCUUGCUGAAAGCCGGCUGCGCCGCCUCGCGCCGUCCGGCCACCCCCGAUGUGCCGCUCCACCUCCCCACGGGCGCCGGCUCCGCCUGUUCGCCCCGGCAACCCGGCCGGCCCGCGGCUCCUCUUCGCGGCGCGCCCGGUGUCCCCCGUCUGCGCCACUCCCGCGCCGGUCCGCCGAGACGCCGGGAGCCGGCCUCCGCAUCCGGCGCACGCGCGCAACCCGGCGCCGGCUGGGCCGCCCUGCGCCGGUUCCUCCCCGUGCCGGCUUCCCCGCGCGCCGCCUCGAGUGGGAGGUCGUCCGCCUCGCCGCUGUAG